AUGCCGCGCAUCGCAGGACUCACGCCGUUUACAAAGGCCGACGUUGAUGAGAGUGCCGUCGACGUUGGUGUCUACUCCGAGGGCGAGGAAGAGUUUGCAUCCAGGCCGCCCACAGAUCAGAUCAAGCGUCGUCUCUCUGGUGUUGAUCAUCCUCAGAUCAAAAAGGCUCCCCAAUGGAUCACACUCACCCCCAUGUACAUUGGUAUUGCAGGAAAUCUCGCAACAGACAAGUCAACACUCGAAAUCGGUCUCAGCAUUCACGACGCGACCUACUCGAUCGACUUUUCCAUCAAGCACCUCCAUUUCCCCAACAACGAGCCAGAGCCAAAGGCGAUUGCCGAUUUUAUCAUCAACACUAUCAUUGAAUUCUCAAAGGAGCAUCUCAUGAAGUUUGUUGGUGCCGGUGUUACCUCGCGUCUCGUCGAGCUCUCUCCCAACCUUUGCGGUCGUCUCUGGCGCGAGUUGGACAUUGUCCCCCUCGUCUUCCACGUUCGCUCCACGCAGCGACUCCAGCCCGGCCGCCCUGUUGCCAAACUCGACGCUCAGGGUUUCCCAAUUCACUCUACGGGCGUUCUCACUCCUCUGCCGGGCACCCAGCAACAACAGGCGGCCGUUCAGCCUCCCCAGAGUAAUCUGCUCUCCGUCGCUGCAGGCACCGCCCAAACCCAGGCUGCAGAUGCUUCCGCACCAGUUCGUCCUGCAGAUGAACAGGCCGAUUCUGCAGUCCGCAAGGCUGUUCUCUACUUUGGUCCCUCUGGCCAUAAUCCACGUUUGUCGAUCGGCUUCAGAAACGAAGUCGAGCCAGAUGCGGCUGGACGCAUCCGCAUCGUCGACAGCAUCGAGGAUUAUCGUUCAACCGUGCGCGAGCCGACAUGGAAUGCGGUACUGCAUUACGCAAAGAUUCUUCGCGAGAAAAAGACCAAGAUUGCCUUCUUCAGCUCCACACCCCAGGGAGGAGGUGUCGCCCUCAUGCGUCAUGCGCUUAUCAGGUUGUUCCAUCUGCUCGGCGUCGACGCCAAAUGGUACAUUCCCAGUCCCUCCCCUGCCGUGUUCCGUAUCACGAAGAACAACCAUAAUAUCCUCCAGGGUGUCGCCGAUCCGUCUCUGCGCCUGACGCAAGCUCAGCAGGAUCAAUUCACUCAAUGGAUCACAUACAAUGCCAACCGCUACUGGCUCUCCGAAGGUGGCCCUCUUGCUCCUGGAGGUGCAGAUGUCAUCUUCAUUGAUGACCCUCAGAUGCCCGGUCUCAUCCCUCUCAUUCGUAAAGUCCGUCCAGAAGUGCCAAUUCUCUAUCGUUCCCACAUCGAGGUGCGCAGCGACCUCAUCCACCAAGAGGGAUCGCCACAAUCAGAGGUCUGGGAUUAUCUCUGGAGUCGCAUUCAGCAGGCAGAUAUGUUCAUCUCGCACCCUGUCGACAAGUUUGUGCCCGACUCUGUCAAGUUUGAGAAUGUGGGCCUUCUCCCUGCCACGACCGACUGGCUCGAUGGUCUGUCCAAGCACAUGGGCGAAUGGGACAUUCAAUACUACAUGGGUAUCUUCCGCACGCUCUGCUCUGAGAUUCGCAUGAGUAAAUUGCACUGGCCUGCGCGCGAGUACAUUGUCCAGGUUGCCAGAUUCGAUCCUGCCAAGGGUAUUCCCGUCGUCAUUGAUUCCUUUGUCAAGCUCCGCCGCAAGCUCGACCUCAAGCUCCCAGCAAGCCAAUGCCCACAAUUGCUCAUCUGCGGUCACGGUGCUAUCGAUGAUCCCGACGCGAGCAUCAUCUAUUCCGAGACGCUUGCCCUUUUGGAGACGGAGGAGUAUGCUCCUUAUGCAUCAGAUAUCGUUGUCAUGCGUAUCCCACCAAGCGACCAGAUUCUCAACGCCUUGAUGUCGAGCGCCAAGAUUGUGCUCCAACUCUCGUCGCGCGAGGGCUUUGAAGUCAAAGUGUCCGAGGCGAUUCACAAGGGCAAGCCGAUUAUUGCUACACGUGCUGGUGGUAUUCCCCUACAAGUGCAGCACGGCAAGAACGGAUUCCUUGUCGACGUCGGAGAUUCGUCUGCGGUGGCCAAGCACCUGUACCAAUUGUGGACAGAUCCUGGUCUCUACAAGCAAAUGUGCGAGUAUGCGAAGAGGAGCGUGUCGGACGAGGUGGGCACUUGGGGCAAUGCGGCUGCUUGGAUGUAUCUGGCAACCAAGUUUGCGGCCGGGGAGAAGCUCAAGCCCAAUGGCAAGUGGAUCAACGACAUGAUGCGCGAAGACUGUGGCCAGCCUUACACGGACGACGAGCCGCGACUCCCUCGCAAGGUGAUCAAGCCCGGUGUUUGA